AUGUCUUCAUCAACACUCUUCACUCCUCUCAAGGUUGGAGCUACCAAGCUUCAACAUCGAAUUGCCAUGGCACCCCUCACCCGAUUCCGUGCCGAUGAGAACCACGUCCCUCUUCCAAUGGUUUCCGAAUACUACACCCAACGUGCUUCUGUUCCCGGCACACAUCUCAUCACCGAAGCUACCUUUAUUUCCCCUCAAGCCGGCGGCUAUUCUAAUGUCCCUGGUAUCUGGAACAAAGAUCAAAUUACCGCAUGGAAAAAAGUUACCGAUUCCGUACACGCGAAGAAAUCACACAUCUGGGUGCAAUUAUGGGCAUUGGGAAGAACUGCAGAUCCUUCAGAGUUGGGGAAAUCUGGUUAUAAACUCAAAUCUGCAAGCGAUAUCGCAUUCGAGGGAGGAGCCAAGCCAGAGGCCUUGACCGAGUCGGAAAUCAAGGAAUAUAUUGGAUGGUAUGCACAAGCCGCGAAGAAUGCAAUUGAAGCUGGAUUCGACGGUGUUGAGAUUCACGGCGCAAAUGGUUACUUGGUCGAUCAAUUUCUCCAAGAUACUUCCAACCAACGUACCGAUUCUUGGGGAGGAAGUAUUGAAAACCGGGCACGUUUCGGACUUGAAGUUACCAAGGCUGUGGUUGAAGCUGUUGGUGCUGACAAGACUGGUAUUAGAUUGAGUCCAUUUUCUUCAUUCCAAGGGAUGAAGAUGGCGGAUCCUGUUCCACAAUUUAGCUAUUUCGUCCAAGGGCUCAAGAAAUUGAACCUUGCAUACCUACACGCUGUCGAGUCUAGAAUCGAUGGAAACGUAGACAGUGAAGCAACGGAGGAGAACGUCAAAUUUAUGGUUGACAUUUGGGAUAAUACUAGCCCAGUCCUUAUCGCUGGAGGAUUCUCGGCGGAAUCUGCAAAGAAAGCUGUUGAUGAAGAAUACAAAGGAAGGGAUAUUGUCAUUGUAUUUGGAAGAUACUUUAUCGCCAAUCCAGAUCUUCCUUUCAGAGUCAAGGAGGGAAUUGAGUUUACUCCAUAUGAUAGAAAUACUUUCUACAACAAGACGCAGGUGGAGGGAUAUACUACUUAUACAUUUAGCAAGGAGUUUGAGGCGCAACAAAAGGCUAUUGAGGUUUCAGCAUGA